GUACGCCCCGCGACGUCGACGGGAACUAAGUUUUCCGCAUGUCCAUCCCAUACAAAUAAUUAUAUUCACCCGUUGAUUUUAUGUUCGUCUACCUUCGAAAUUGAAACAAAAAUUGAAAAUAAAUAAAAUACGGACGACCGAUUUUUAACACCGUUAAUUUUCAUCCCCAAGAAAAAAAUAUUACUCAAGCUAACCGUACACCGGUGGACGUUCGGAGGACAAAAGAGAGGAGAAAAAUUUCCAUCGUUUCCGACGUACUGCAAACGAUAUUGUAAUCCCAAAACAAAAAACAAAAAUAUACAAUCAAAGGCACGAAGCGUUUUGGAAUUAAUAUUCGCUCUUUGAUUAUUUCGUCGUGUAAUCAAAACGCCGAUAGAAAACGAUUAAUCACAAGUGGUUCUUUUGUUAGGCCGACUUUUAUCGGGUAAAUUAACUUUAUAAGCGAUAUUAAGUGCAGCUUAACGGGGAUCGAAUUUUGACGACCAAUUUACAGUAAUAUAAGUGUGUAAGAGUAAAGAAAAAUUAAAAAAAAAAAAAAAAAUCACCGCAAGCGUCCCUGUUCUCAGGUAAAAAAAAAAUACAAAAACCUAUUAAUAUAUUAUAACCAUUGAUAUUAUAGUAAAUACUUCUGAAAUAUUUUUUGAAAAUCCCAACGCUUCACGUCCGGUAUCCGAUUUGAAUCGAUCGAACGAUAAUAUUUUCGUAGCAGAAACAAAAAAAAAGAUCCGCGUCGAGUCGGAGUGAAAAAAUUUGUGGUUACGGUGUAACCAGAAGACAACCUGUAGAUGCCGGACGACUGUAAUACACGGGUAAAAUUAGAAAUACAAUAAAAUAAACGGUACAUAUAUUCCUUGGGAUAAAAUUAAAAAAACACGUGCUCGUAAUAACAAUAAUAUAUUUCCCGAUAUACGAGUGUUGCGCCGAUCGAGGAAAGGGAAAAAUUUGUUCCUAUAUAAAUAAAAUACUAAAGAUAUUUGUUCACACUCAAUUAAUUCCAUAAGAAUAACGAGAUCACCGAGAUGGGGUGUAACACGAGCAAGGAAAGCGUUCAACCGGCGGCUGAGGAGGCAAAAGAAGACUCGAAAAAUGGCGAUAUCCGUAAGUCAGCUUCUUCGGAUAAGGACAAGAGCGAUAAUUCCGCUAACGGGGAAGAAGUGACCGCCACCGCGAAAUCAACCGAAGAAUCCAGCAAAGAAGGAGCCAAAGAGAACGAAAGUGAGAAGGACAAGGACGAGGCUGCCACGAGGAUACAAGCGGCGUUUCGAGGGCAUCACGCAAGGAAGAGUAUGAAAGAGCCGGACAGCGCGUCGAGGCAGCCGGAAACCGAGACUGACGCGGAACCGACCCAGGAGCAGCUGCUCGAGGAGUUCCGCGCCGACGAUAAGGAGCUCUGCAAUGCGGCAACAAAAAUUCAGGCAUCCUUCCGCGGUCAUAUGUCGAGGAAGGAACAAGCCGCUUCGGCGGUUACUAAACCGUUGGAGGAGCUCGUAGAAAAACUCGACCAAAAGGUGAACGACGCCCUGAACGAAUUGGAAAGUAUCGACCUUACCGAUCCAGAUUUGCACAAGGCUGCGACAAAAAUUCAGGCGAGUUUCCGCGGUCACAAGGUUCGCCAGGAUGCUCCGACAUCGGGUGCCACCGCCGAACAGCAAGCAAAGUAAAUGGUAAAAUUUACAGUCGACCUUCGAAGAAAUCAUCUUUGUCCUGGCAUCGAUAAAUACGGGAUAGGAGAUGAGAAAAUUUGGAAGAAGAGAAAAUUGGACGAUGUCGUCAGCGGUGAGAGUAAAUUGGUGAAAAGGGUAGCUAACAGAGAUAAGAAAUUUUCGAAGAGCUUCAACGAUUGUACAAAAAAUCAGUAGAAAUAAUCCCAAGCGAAUUAUCACCGAUAUAUUUCUAUACCUGAAUAAUUCGAACGACAGAUAAUUAUCAACGGUAUCCUAGCUUCAGAAAAAAAAAUUUUUUGUCCCGAUUCAUCUGUGCAGCUGGUGAUCGAGCGAAAAUUGUGAUCCCGAUAAAAUUGUUGCUCUUCGAAAAUUUCGUUCUCCUCAGAAAAAUAUUAUUCAUUUUAUUAUCUCCUACAAACAUACUUGAAUGAUAAAUAAUGUAAUACCUACUUACAUAUAAUGCGAAUAUAUUUCGAGCCCGAUGUUUGAUUUGAACGAAAAACGAAAGAAAAAUUCACACAGGUCCUCGUUUCAUUCAUUUCUUCUUCGUACUUAUAUUGUGUUCGACGUGUAUGAUAUGGAAAUGCAAAUGCAAGUUCUUCAUUUCGAUUAUAACAAUUGAAUGACCCUGAUUUUUGAAGUGCACGAAUACAUGAUAACAUUGCGAAUUGAUUAUAUGAUACACGAUUUGUUUGAUUAAUUGAAAUUGUAAAAUGUAUAGAAUUUAGACGUCGUAGGAUCGCUGAAAAAAAAUUGAAAAAAAAACAUCAACCAAAAAGGGCUUCGUGUGAGCGGGGAGGAAUAUACGACGAAGUAAAAAAAAAUGAUAAACCGAAAAGUAAAAAAAAAAAGAAAAUAUAAAAAAUUUUAUUAGGCUGCACGUACGUAAACCUGCAAGAAUUAAUAAGUUGUAACCGACAAUUACUAUAUACAUAUAUUAGUACAAUAUAUGAUAUAAAAAAAUAACGAUUAAUACUAAUAAUGAUAAUGAUAAUAAUAAUAAUAAUAUAUGAGUAAAAUUAAGAAUGAAUGAGUGAAGAAUAAGUUGAACGGAAAAAAAGAAAAACCAAUUAAAAAAAAAUAAAAAAAACAAUGAAAAUUAAUAAUCAAAUUAAUAAAAUCCAGCGUCAAUUUGAAAUCACAUAUAUAUACAAAUUAAAUGUAAAAAUAUGAUAUUAUACAUCCUAAACAUAUAAUAUGAACUACAGCAAACGGAAUUUAGAGUCGCAAAUUCUAUACAACUAUACACGAUAAAUUUUUGCAAAAGGAGAUCAUUUGUAUUAUAAUCAGCGAUGUUUCUCUUUCUGGUAUACAAUAUAUUAAUUAAGGCACGAAUUUCAUAAGGAGAUAAAAGAGACAAAUUAAACAAAUGGAAAAAAUAUAAUCAACGUACACUGGAAAAGAAUCAGGUCACCUCGUACGAAGUCCCGUCAAAUUUCGAACCAUCGCCCCAAGAUAUACAACGCAGCAGCAGUGCAAAUUUUUUUUUUCGUAAUACGAAAUCAUAUUUAAUGGUGGUUUUUAAUCGCGAGGGAUUAUUAUACUCUUGUCGCGACCUAAGCAGAGUUAUACAUUAUAUAUACCUGCCGUAGAAAGAGGAACAGGUAAGAUAUUAUAAAAUUGAACAAAAAAAAACAAAUAAAUUAAACAAGUACUUGGGAGAUGAAAAACUUGAAUAAAUUUUUGAAACGAUAUUUCUUAUACCUACCUACGUUGCAGCUGUAAUAUUAUAUUGAUAUUGAAUUGUUAAUGUAGGUGCGUAUAUAGUAUAUGCAGCGAAUAAUA